UUAGAAAAGGGAGGAAGAUGGCGGCUGUCGCAGCAGCAGCGGCGGCGGGAGGAGCAGGAGGGGCCGCUGUGGCCGGUUCGUCUGCCUCUUCCACCACCACCACCACCUCCACCUCCUCCUCCUCAUCUUCCAUCACCACCACCACCUCCUCCACCACCUCCUCUUCCUUGGCCGCCCUGGAAGCGACGCUGGAGAAGAAGCUGCUGACCGUCACCAACACGAUGGACGGCAUCCAGGGCCUGUCCUCCUGGAUCCUGGACAACAAGAAACACUACACCUCCAUAGUCAAGCACUGGAUGAAGUGCAUGAGGAAAUCUUCAAUCCCUCAUCGACUGAACCUUUUCUAUGUUGCCAAUGAUGUUAUUCAGAACUGCAAAAGGAAGAACGCAAUUAUUUUUCGAGACGCUUUUUCAGAGGUUCUGAUUGAAGCAGGCACGUUGGUGAGGGAUCCUUCCAUUCGUAAAUCAGUGGAGCGGAUAUUCACAAUAUGGGAGCAGAGGAGCGUCUACCCGGAGGAAUUGAUUGUGGACCUGCGAGCUGCUCUUGUGGGACGAAAGCCAGCUGAAUUUACAAAAGUGAAAACAGACAGUACCCUACUUGUACAUUCCUCAUGCACUCACAGUGCUGAUGGACGGAAGUCAGACAUCAGGCAUUUGAGCAACAAGACACGAGUUGUGGUAAAAUCCAAGAUACUCGCUGAAUUCAGGCCGCAGGCAUUGAUUGAUCAGCUGGGGUCUUACAAACAAGCUGAGGAUGAGCGAGAGUUCAAAGAGAAGCAGCUUGGGACCCUCCGUGUGGAUGUGUGCAGCACAGAGACGUUGAAACGAUUGAAAGAUCGUGCUGGAGGCAAACGAUUUUCUAAAGACUUUGAAGAAUCUAGCUCCAAGUUGGAAGACUUCUGUGCUGAGCUCGAGAGGGAGGUGAAGAAGACCCCACCAUUGAUUGAAGCUCUCGAAAAUGCAGAGAUAUUUUACGAGGCUCAGUACAAGGAGGUGAAGAUCGUAGCAAAUGCAUACAAGACAUUUGCAAACAGAGUCAACAACCUGAAGAAGAAGCUGGACCAACUGAAAACCACCCUCCCAGAUCCGGAUGAGUCUCCUAUUCCGUCUCCCAGCAUGGAUGCUCCGUCACCAACUGGCUCCGAGUCCCCCGUUCGGCCAGUAGAGGAUGUGGUUGUGGAGCCGAAGAAGGUAGAGGAGAGCCCCGGGCCGCCGACACCGGAAGCCUCGGGCGAUAACUGUGAUGUCGAGGACAUGGAGCUUUCUGAUGACGAAGCUGCUGGAGCAGUAAACAUCAUAGCAGUAGAGAGCGAGGAGAAAAAGGAGGAGUCCAGUCCAAACGCAGCAGCAACAGCAAGCGUGAGCCCCCAACCGGAGAAAGCAUCCGUCCCGGCAGAGACUACGCAGGCAAAGAGCAACACUUCGACACCACCCCUGGCCCUUCCAAACCUGGCAAACAUUGACUUGGGCAAAAUUAGCUCCAUCCUUAGCAGCCUGACAACAGCGAUGAAGAACACAGUCAGCCCAGUGGUUGGUCAAACGCCUGUGCUUGCAGUAACGUCAGCAGCUCCUUCUUCUGGGUUGCAACUCAAUAGUGGCAUGAAGGCCCCCGUUCAGAAGCCUUCUCCAGUUGCUCCCAAUCCUCUGGCAAGCAUCCUGUCAAAAGUUGAAUUAACUCCAGAGAGCAUCCUGUCAGCACUCAGCAAGACACAGGGGCCCUCUGCUCCAGCUCUGCAAGGUCUCUCGUCGUUGCUUCAGAGUGUGACAGGAAACACUUCUGUCCCAUCCAGCAGUGCCGCUCCAAACACUCCUACCCCAGCAGUGACGAAUGUCACCAGUCCAGUAGACAAAAGUGUCCCCAUUAUUAAUGCCAGCACUCAGUCUCUGAUCCAAGGGCUUAUUGGUUGCUCUCCAAAUUCACCUGCAUCAGAAGUUUCCUCUGGUUCUUCAGUGAACUCAGCCCCAGUAAACCAUAGUCCUGCUCUAUCCAAUACAAGCCUGAAGGCCCCAGCCAACACUACAGUGCUCGAAAGCUCCCUUCGCAGUACCACCUCUGGAUCAAGGGGAAGCAUGAUCAGUCAGAAGUCAUCCACUGAGGCAGUCACAGCCGAAGCCGAGGCAGAGCCGUCUUCCCCAUCAAGUUUGGAGUUGAAAAUUCACAACUUUCUGAAAGUUAAUCCAGGCUUUAAGGCGUUAGAUCUUAAUAUCCCUCUUCUGAGCAACUUGGGCUCCAGUGACUCUAAGAGUCUCUUGCAGCCAUCAGAAGGAAAUCGUAAUCCCAGCAGUACCAUACUCGACAACCAGGAUGGCACGCCAGUCAGAGACGAGCGAGGUGGAACUCCGACCCAGGAUGAAAUAAUGGACAAACCAGCAACCCCAGGCACUAUUGAUCCAAUGUCCUUACUGUCUAAGCUAAUCAGUCCACCCUCCUCUUCAACCAGCAGCACAAUCUCCCCACCGCUUUCACUCCCACAAAACAGAGAUUCUAGUUACUCAGAGAUUUCCAAUACAGUGCCUUCUUACCAAAGCAAUGCUUCAUAUAACCGUGGAAGGAGUCCAUUUCCUUCCUCUUUCAAACCCUCAGAGAUGUGGGAGGAAUCUUCUCCCCACAGAGAUUCCCCUCAAGAACAAUUUUAUUCGGGUGAAUCCUGCACUGAUUUUGACUACGCUGGACCACCACCUUCGGUGAAGCAGCCCCCAAAAUCUAUUCUCAAAUCAAAUAAACCAGCAGACCAGAUACAGAGUCCUAAUGAAUACCAGUCUAUUUCCACCAGUUACAGUCGUCUGAAGUCUGUGUUCUCCAAGCCCAUGAAAUCCAUCCUUAAAAAGCAGGAAGCGUAUGGCAGUAGGUCAAGUAGUAGCAGAGGGUAUGGAGAUGAUGAUCAGGGAGUUGAGCAUGAGAACCUGCCUUCACCUGGUCAAAACAAUCAGUUCUUCCCAGAGUCUAAUAACAUCAUAUUACAGCCCUCCUUCUCAGAUUUGUCUCGCACAGGGUCGCUUCAGAAAGCAUUUUCUGACACUCUGUGUUCUGCUCCUUCCCACCAGCCUUCCUCCUCACAAAGUGUUAGCUCUUUUAGCCGCACGUCUGUCGCCAGCAUUGAAAAAGCUGUAUCUUUAGGCUCUCCUGUCUCUGCCACUUCAACCAUCGAGUUUAAAAACAUGUUAAAAAAUGCCUCCCGUAGACCUACUGAUGACAAGCCUUUAGAAAGCCCCAUUAGUCCUGCUCCAACAGGAGGCUUGAGCGAGAAAGGGAACCUACCAGUUUUUGGACAGUCUGGGAUUGUGGAGAAUGUGGAUGAAGAGCAGCAUUGUAUAGAGACUCGUAUAUCUACAUCUGAUUUAUCUGAGAGCAUAGAGGAAAAAGGAGCCCCCAUUGAGACACUAGGUUCCAGUACCCCGUCGGCUGGGAGACUGAUGUUUGGGGAGCCCAUUCAGACCCUGGACUCUAGCCGAGGGUCAGGCAGAGGCAAUAUGAGUCAUGGGAGAGGGGGCUCCAGGAGCAGUUGGUUUGACCAGAGUGAAAGCAUUUCAGACUUUGAAGAUGAUUCCUCCUCUAUUGAUGUUUCUGAGAUGACUCAAGGUGUUCCUCCCAGUUUUAGAAACCAGUUUGAAGAGCAUAGACUCCAGUUCCCAGACACUUCAAACAGCUUUAGAUCCAACAGCUUUAACACCCCUUUUGAACGGCAGACUCAACAGAUUGGACUUCCUCCUGGUUCGCUGCACGAUCAUAUUGGGCCACCCCCUGUUCCAACCCGAGACCACAUUGGACACCCACCUGGUCCUCCUCCAGAUCAUGUACUUGCCCCAUGUCCCCCACAAGAUCACAUUGGACCACCUCCUGUUCCCUUGCGGGACAUUGGACUGCCACCUGUGCCCCCAAGAGAUCACAUGAGUCUACCCCCAGGUCCACCACCUGUUUCUCAUGAUCAUUUAGGGCCUCCUGGUCCACCACAGGAGCAUGUGGGUGUCUCAUCAGGAUCUCUGAGAGACCAUGGUUCAUUCUCUGGUCCUCCUCAGGACCAUAGUGGUCCACCUCCUGGUUCUACCCAUGAGCAGAUUGGGCCGCCACGAGAUCAUGUUGGACCACCUCCUGGAACCUCCGUUGACCACAUUGGGCCACCCUCUGGACCUCCGCCUGACCGCUUUGGUCCUGCUCUACCACCUGGCCCUCCUCCAAGAGAUCAUCUAGGUCCCCCACCCCUGGAUCACCUUGGACCUCCUCCUGGCCCCCCUGUGCCACCUCCUGGUCCCCCUCCACGGGACCACCUUGUCCCGCCUCCUGGGCCGCCUCCAAUUCCCCCUCCUGGUCCACCACCUGGUCCUCCUCCUCGGGAUGUUCUUGGGCCACCACCGGGCACCCUUCCACAAGACCACCUUGUCCCACCUCCCGGCCCUCCUCCAAGGGAUCCGCAUGUCCCACCUCCUGGCCCCCCUCCGCAGGAUGUUCUUGGUCCAUUACCUGGAUCUCCAAGAGACCUCCUUGGCCCAUUAGCUGGACCCCCAAGAGAGCUACUUGGUUUACUCCCAUGCCCUCCAAGAGACUUCCUUGGCUUAACUAAUAGGCCUCCAAUGCAAAGGUCUCCAAGGGAUUACUAUGGGCAGCCCUUUACACCCCAACGAGACUACAAUAAUCCUGGUAGGUUCUUCCAGAGAGACUUCAGAGGGUCCUUCAGGCCUCGAGAAUCAUUUCAGAGUGGAAAACGACCUGGCCUGCCAUUUGGAAACCCCCCUUAUUCCACCGCUCCUAAACGACCGUACAUGCCUCCUCGGUACUGAAAAGGAAAAGAGCUGCAGACAAAAGUGAAUGUUGUAUUGGAGAUUAUGUGAAACUCUUACUUCAUCUCUGACCCUCUCUCACCGAGCAACUCUGUGGUCAUAGCAGCGAAGGUUCGGCGUGGUGCUUUUAGGUCAUCGACAUGUCUUUUGUGUCCUUGUCUGUUCUCCCUCCUAGCUUGUCUCCCGUUCUUCCACCUGCCCUCCCCAAAGCUGACCUGCUGUGCUAGGUCAAACGUAUACGUAAGGGUAACCUUUCACUACAGUGUCAUUACAAACUACUGCACAAUAAGCUUACAUCAAAAGAGCUUUGAAAAACUUCAGUGAUGCAUAGAAAUCUUUCUUGGAGCUAGAGAACCAUUUACUUUUUGCAGAAAGUAAAACUUUUAUAACGAUGCAAAAAUUGUCAUAAAUACAGUCUUAAGAUGCUGUAGCUUCUCUCCAGACCCUUUGUUAUUUUGUUUUGUUGUUUUUAAUUACAGUUUUACCUUUUGUACCAGUUGUGGAGGAAAAAAUGAGGUUAAAUGCAAAUGUCUCUGUCGUCAUUGAAAGUUUUUUUGCGAAGAUGCCCCCCCCAAUAGUCAAGUUUCAGUGCCAGACUUUGAAAAACCUGACGUCACAUUGUUUCUGAGUUAGUGUGAUGAACGCCACUUGUACAGGGUUGCAUGUUGCUUGCGUCGGGUGACUUCAGUAAGGCAAGUGUGGUCGGGGAGGUGUUAAGUUUACAAUCCAUUUCCUGCAAAUUGGGAGAUUGUCCCUUGUGCCAAAAGCUCUUUUUUUUCUUUUUAAACACGCGAAGAUGUGCCGCUUCGGCCACUUUGCUGAAUAUUGGGAAUAGUCCUUGCGUAGACUGUGUGAUGCUUUGAUGUAGCCAGUUUUUUUUUCAAAGAAGUGUGUAAUCUUCCCCCUUUUCUCCCACACCAUUUUAAUUUUUUCUCCACAGCAGCAACCUCAGCCACUAGGAUGGAGCGUCUUCCCCUUGGCAAUUCCACUGCUGCUCGAUAAGAUGCCAAGGAGAGGGCAGGCAAGCUUUUGGUGGAAUCAGAAGCCCACUGUCCUGGUUGUCCUUCCCAGAAGUGGGAAUGGUGGAAGAUGCUCCAUCUAAUAACCUGGCUGACAACCUCAUGAGACUCCAAGCAAUGAAGGAAAGAAGAUUAAAAACAUAGUGGGCAGGACUGGAACCUGUGGACUGUGCCGUGGGCACAGUUUUAACCUGUUAUGCUACCAGGCCUCAAUGAGAUUUGUAGUGUUUCUAAUGACAGUGUAGUAAAAAUUUGGUUCAUUUCACUUAGCCUACAAAAAAAAAAGGUAACUCUUUGGAAUAAAUGUUCCUUGGGCAUAUUACAAGCCUUUUAUAAUUGACUGACCAACCAAUGAUAUACUACGAGGCCACAUAAAAUUACUUUUGUUCAGCUUGUUAAAAGUUGAUUAUUUCUGUCCCAAGGCUGCUGAUCAGCCGUUAAGCUACCUAGUGUGCUUCUGAUUGCCUUUUUCUGUGACUCGUUCUGUGCCAGUCACUGUUUUGUCAAACUGACGUGCUUGACCUGGAGGAGCACCUUGCUGACUAACAUUUGUUCUCUUUAUAUAUUUAAAGAAAUAGAGGGAAAGGGAGGAAUAGGA